GGUACAAUCUAAAAUAGUCAACCCUGUUACCAUGGGUUUGAAAAGCAAACUGGAUAUUUGCAGAAAUAUCAACAUUAAAAUCUUUAUGACAGAUACCUUGUAGUGUCAAGACCUCAAGAGCAGCACAAUAUUAAGCAUAAAACUCAACCCUGUUAUUUUGAUAUAUUACAUUUUAGCCUCAUGGCACAUCCCAAUUUAUUAACAUGUAAAGACAUUUGUAUUUUCUGAGAAUGUUUACAAUCCUACAACAAUCAAAGGUUAUCCCAUCAAAAUAAACUAGUAUUUAUUCUGCAAUUUUUCAGUACUGAUUUCUGUUUCAUAAAGUUCAAGUUCAAAGUUUGGCAUAUGUUGAAAGAAAAAAUUAUUUAUAUCAAAUAAUUGUUAUGCUGUAACAAUCAGCCUUCUUUCCACAUUAAACACAAACAGAUCCCAGAUCACUUUUCUGCUGUUAUCCAACUCUUUGAAAUCCCCCCCAAACUCAGCCCCAAAUUAUAAUGUUGCACUUGAGGGUAGAAAGUUUCUAGACUUCCAAAUGUCACCUGAUAAAUUUCGGUGGGCAAUCUAUUACAAUGCUCUCCCCACCCCCCUAUGAAGUAUGAAGACCGCCCACCACAGGCAUCCAACUCGAGACCCCAUAUAGAUUUAAAAAGCGAGACGGAUUCCUUGUGUAUGACAGUCAGUGAGUGCGAAGCAUCGGGAGAACAUCUGUCCGUCUGUAGUCCGUCUGUCUCCAACGCGCGUCUCCACUCUUUCUGAGGAUGCUACAGUUACCGCAGCUCCGCCAGGGCGUUAUCGCGCUUCUCAUAUGGUUCGCGCACUUGAUGGAACAGCAGAAAGUACAAGCUGGCAACUGUUGGCUUCAGCAGGGCAAGAACGGGAGAUGCCAGGUUCUCUACAUGUCUGGGAUGAGUCGGGAAGACUGCUGUAGAAGUGGUCGUCUGGGCACAGCGUGGACCGAGGAGGACGUACCCAAUAACACGCUCUUCCGGUGGCUGAUCUUCAAUGGCGGUGCACCGAACUGCAUACCUUGUAAAGCCUUCUUUAUUGAUUCCACAGAGACUUGUGAUAAUGUGGACUGUGGUCCUGGAAAGAGGUGCAAAAUGAACAAGCGGAAUAAGCCUCGCUGCGUAUGUGCCCCAGACUGCUCCAAUGUCACCUUUAAAGGGCCUGUGUGUGGCUCCGAUGGGAAAACAUACCGGAACGAAUGUGCCCUCCUUAGGGCCAAGUGCAAGAGACACCCUGACCUGACUGCACAGUACCAGGGAAAAUGCAAAAAAUCAUGCAAUGAUGUGCGCUGUCCUGGAAGCUCGACGUGUGUACUGGACCAGACCAACAACGCCUACUGCGUGACCUGCAACCGGCUUUGCCCUGAGGUGACCUCACCGGAUCAGUACCUGUGCGGGAACGACGGGAUUGUGUACGCCAGCGCCUGCCAUAUCCGAAGGGCAACGUGCAUCAUGGGACGGUCCAUUGGAGUCGCCUAUGAGGGGAAAUGCAUAGACGCCAGGUCCUGUGAAGACAUCAAAUGCCGGGAGGGACGAAAGUGUCUGUGGGACAAGCGGACGGGACGGGGACGCUGCUUGGUAUGCGAGGACACCUGUCCCGAGAGUCGUCCGGGAGACAGCGUCUGCGCCAGCGACAACGCCACUUACCAGAGCGAGUGCGCCAUGAGGCAGGCCGCCUGCUCUUUGGGUCUCGUCCUGGAAGUCAAACACUCGGGCUCCUGCAACUGUAAGUAGAGGAUGCUAAACCUGGCCGCACCCAUGUCCCGCAUUCCCUCCCCCUGCCGAAAACACCCCUCUUUCUUGCCCCUCCCAUUGCCCCCACAAGGAACACGAGGACUGUCGGAGAGAGAGCGUGUUUUUGCCCUUGUGUCGGCUUCCUCUCGCAAAGACUUAACUCAGUGGCGAUGAGAUGUUAGACGUGUCCGGGACAGUGCUGUUGUCCUCUGCUCAUCUAUCGAUGAGGUGUUAAGCCAAAAUCUUUGAGGUCAAGCCUGGAAGGAUUUCCGUUUGGGAUGCGAGACAGUUUUGAACAUGCUGCUCCUCUGAUUUGGUUUCACUGUCUGCGCAUCAGAGACAGAAACGUGACUGACGGAGUCAUGUGGAAAGUGCAUAGGGACGUAAACUCAUUUAGCGUGCUCUGUUUGUGAAUCGUCUUGUUGUUUUUGCCCUAUGGCAGGCUGACCUCCUCUGUGAUGGACAAAGAAAAGCAAACCUGGUGCCAUUAUGGUGCACGAAAGUGACAAAAAAUGCCCUGGAAAUAUAAAAUACGAGGGCAGAACGUUUUUUUUUAAUGUGUAUUUUAAUAUAUAGAUACAUUUCUGACACAUAUUUUAAUUGCAGUUUUUGAAAUGGUCAGUAUGCUGUGUUUUAUAUGCCCAGAAAAUCCAUUCCGAGAGACAAAGAUUGUCUACGGACAUUCAUUUCUGACCCCAGCUAACAUCUCUAACACCUUUGUCUAUUGUCCAUGUGUAAUAAAGGGAAACUCCAUUUUUUCACUGUCGGUUUGUUAUGUCCAUUUUGCGUAAUGUGAAAAAACAAAUUUCUAACCAUAUUCUGUGUUUUAGAAGUAUUUUUAUUGAAAAAAGCCACUUAUUCCUCUAGAAGAGAGGACUUUCUUCACAUAAUGUGUUUUUAGAGAAUAUCACUUCUUUCAUUUUAACCUUAUAAUGGUUAGAAUGUGGGACAUAACAAAUCUCAUGUGGGAAAAAUGUGAUUUUAUGUUUAGUAGGAACAUGUUUAGAUGAUCAGUUGUUAAUGCCCUAAAGUAGAACCAUAUUUCACCCGGCCGAGUCUGUGUGUGGUAUUAAAGAAUCAUCUUCCAAACAACGAUAUUUUUGUUUAUAAGAAGGGAUUACAUAGUGUCUCUUUGCUUGAUUUGAUUUGAUUUUAUACAAUGACUUGACAAAUACAAGAAAUUGUCUCCGCUAAUAAAAGACAGAGGUAAGGCGCCAUUCCACAGAGAAACUCAAUCCCACCCUCUCCUUCCUCUCUGAGUUGUGAUCCCACAACCUUGUGUGAAUUGCAAAGCAUCAGUUAGAGAUGCUUUGGGAGAAAGAUGCAGUAAGACUCUGUGCCUGAAUGCUGUUGUGUUUUAUACUAAUGCAGCAGCUGCUAUAUUCCUCCGUAGCUCUCUCUGAAGAGACGGAUGAAGAGGAGGAUGAUGAAGAUUACACGGAUUAUAGCCAUGUAUCUCUCUUACUGACUGGAUAAACCACCGUCAACAGCAGGACUCCAUUUGAGCACAGAGUCGUGUUCAUAUUGUACAGACGUGUACUCUUAUUUAUUUUCCACAGACACGUGGAAGAUGCUUAUUGUUGUAGAUGUUUAUUUAUACAUUUUUUGCCUUUUUUUAUUUAUACAUUUAUAGUCCGAUUAAAUGAUCUCUCUCGUCUUUCCUUUGUCGUCUUUGAAAGAAUAUUAUUUAUUAUAACGUGCAAUGUUACUCUAUGUAAGAUAAAUGUGUUUUGAAAAGUGUUACAUUUUGUGAAGCAAAAAAAAAAAAAAAAGGAAAGUUUUUGUCAUUUCCCCAAAUGAAAUCUGCAGCAAAACAUGCAUGUGUUUUAUUUAUUAAUCUAAUGUUCACUAAUAAAUGUACCUUGUAGAUCUGGAUUGGUUUACAAUCAAAGUUGACCAAAACAGCUUUGUCAGUAAAAUCUAUGUUUGAUUUGUUUUCACUCUGACACCAAAAAUUGGUUUUAUUUUACAGAAAUCAUGUUGAUUUUAGUGUUUUCUCAAAUCAAAAUAUACCCUUUUUGGAAUUUUUUUUUUUUUUUUUUUAUGUGGAUGCUCAGACAGAGGAAUCCAGUUUAUCAUAUGUUGUAUAAAAUUAACAAUAUCAACUUUAGCAUUGUUUUCUUGCCAUAUAUUGUUUGUCUUUUUUAUUUUAGAGAUCCAGCUAUAAAUUUCUAGUUUUGUAUUUGAAUGUUUAAUGUAUAUAAAGUUAAUGAUGCCAUUUGUAAAGAUGCAAUAUAAAAAGUAAAAACUGAACUAAAUAUGUCUCCUACUUCACUGUGGUUGGAUUUAAAAACGUACAGCAGCGAAACUAAUCUCUGGAAAAAGUAUUAUUCCAAAACCUUCAUAGAAAUGUAAAUCUUGCCAUUUUAAAUCUGU